GUUUUCGUCAAAAAUUGUUCUUUUGAAGGAAAUCGUCCGCACUGUUGUAGGUAGAAACGUCAAAAUUCUGUCAAAAAUGCGAUUUUUGACGAAAAUUGCUCCCAAUGUGUAGAGCCCUUUAAUCCGUUUGCAUCAAAAACUUGGCGAAAUUCUAGCAGUCUACAAAAAAGCCUAUUCAUGAAUCGUGCACUUUCGGCAAUAUUCGCGUUAGUGAGGUUUACUUUUUUACUUUUCUUAAAGUUGUUGAUUGAAGAAGCUAAAACCGGAUCUAAAGAGUCUCAAACAUGGCAACUAACAGUGCCAAGACUUUGUUUGAUCUCCCAGUGGAAGAUAUUCUUGUAGAUAAUGUGGGAAAGUAUUUGGAUUUGGGAGAUAUUUACAAGUUCGGAAAGUGUUCAAAAGAUUGCAAAGUUCUGGCAAACUCAAUGGCAGCAAAAAUUUCGUGUCUACACUUAAAAGAUGACUUUAAUUUUUAUGAUGUCCCUGAGGCGCAAUUACCUGAUUUUAUGUCCUGGAUCUCCCAAAAUUGCCGACACUUGAAGAUUAUAUUCAUCACUAAUUUUACACAUGCCUGGCCGCACAAUCACUUCCUAAUCGAGCUUUUGAACAAUAAUGAUGAAUUACUGUCCUUCCGUGCCUGUUCAUUAUUAGAAGACAUAACUCACACAGGAAACAUUCCGCUCUUCCCGCUUGCCACUCGUAAAAAUCUCAAAGAAUUGGUUUUGAUGCGCUUCAAUUUCGACGAUAAUUUCUUGAUCAAAUUCACUGAGAACAACAAUCAGCUGCGUCGUAUAAUAUUUAACUCGUCCAUGGGCUUUUCUGAAAAAGUUCUCCUGGAGUUCUUGAAGAUGCAGCCACACUUGGAGCACAUCGACCUAAGAGGUUGUGACAUCAUUAUCAGCGACAUAGAUUCAUUUAUUUCUGUUAUUAAAAAUGCUUGUCCGAAGCUUGGGUUGUUGGAAAUUUCAGACAUAAAAGGGGUGACCACAGCUGAUAUUUCGAGAAUCAAAGAAAAAUUGGCCAAAGAUCAAGACAAUCAUUUCCGACUCGUGUGAUUCAGAAAAUAGUUUCUACAAGGGCAACAUAAAUUAAUAUCCAGAGAAGCCAGAGAAGUAUACUAAAAUUUUUGAUUCUAUUCUUUCUAACCAAUUCCUAUUGAAAUAUCCAUUUGAAUUAAAAUGUUUCUUAAUUUUCUUGAAAUAAAUGAAUUUGAAAUCUA